GUUAGGGCACUACUGCCAGAAUCAGUAUGUGUUGGAAUGGCCCAGUGGAUAGACAAUUGAGAUUUUGCCAAAGGUGAAAGGUUUGAGUACGUGUCUGUGAUCGGAAUUGAAUCAGUGUUCUUUGCAUGGCGAAUAGUUUCUACUUUGUGCGAUAUCAAAAUUUCGUUUUAGAUCAUAUUUAUGUAUGGCUUCAGGAUUAGGUUUUAUUAUGCUAUGAAAUGGAACGAACGAGUAAAGUUUACCAUGCCACAAAAAACUUCAUGUUCAAGUAUUUUUUAGCGUUUACAUGGAUCGGAUUCAACUUUGUUGUAUUCUGCAAAGCAUUCACAAACUACCACCAUGACCCAGAAUAUUAUUAUCUCAGUAAGAUUUUGGGCAAUGGUCUCUGUAUUUCUCGUGGUACGGCCCCAGUACUCAACUUAACUAUGACUCUGAUAGCACUUCCAGUGGCUCGGACGUUCAAUGUUCUGUUAAAUACACUUUUCGGACGCUGGUCAAUUCGAGCACUUGUGUUAUAUUUGGAGAAAAUAAAAGUAUUGCACAUUACGUUGGGAGCGGGACUGAUAAUUGUAAGUGUUAUCCAUAGCAUUGCGCAUAUAAUCAACAUUAUUAAUUUCGUGGAUAAUUAUGAUGAUAAGUUUGCCGAUAUUAAUUGGGCUUCCGGAAGAAACGAUAGUAAACUUCGCCUACUUGUUGCAACCCCUACUGGAUUCUCCGGCUGUGUGAUGCUGGUUUCUCUAUUCGCAAUAGCAUAUUGUUCGAGGCGACCACUUCGCGAUCGAUGUUACAAUAGCUUCCGUGCCGCACACCAUCUAUUUUUAGUUUUCUACGGAAUGAUGUUCUACCAUCCACUCAGCGACAUUAUUAAAUAUCAAACGAACCUGAGGACACACCCGAACGGUUGCGACACUAUUGAUGAGCGUAUUUUUAGGAAUGAUUCGGUUCUUCAAGCCAUUUGUAGUGAGCAACCAAAAUUCAGCGUUGCAGAAAAAAGGGCUUGGAUUUGGCCUUUGAUCGGGCUAUCUAUUUAUAUUCUCGACAUAUUUUUUCGACACGUCACGGCACACUCGGAACGACAAAAAGUGUGUACCCUGCAGUCACAUGUGUUACCGGCACAAGGAAUACAUCUUCGGCUAAGAUUCACGAGCAAUAAGCGGAUCCUGAUAUCUGCUGGCCAGUACAUCCUCUUACAGUGUCCGGCAAUUUCCGCCAUCGAAUGGCAUCCGUUUACAGUUGUAGAUUUCCCCACUGCAAUUCACAAUACGGUUUCACUAUCUAUAGCCGUACGAGGCGAUUGGACUCAACAACUGUAUGACUUAGUAUCAAUAAAAGAACGUCUUAAACAAAACUGUGCCGGAGUGGACGCACUUGGGAAGCUACAUUUUUUGGUAGAUGGGCCAUAUCCCUCUGCAAUGACCGGCAUGCUGAAGUGCAAGAGAAUCGUCUACAUAGGUGCUGGAGUCGGUAUAACACCAUUUGCCGGACUAAUUCGACAUCAUUUGAAUGUUAAUACUGUUCGACCUUCAAGAAUGCAUCUUAUUUGGAUUGUACAAAAAGUCGAAAUGUUCACAUGGUUUGCAAUUGAGCUAAGUAAACUACAAGAAAGGUUUUGGAAGCAGAACAAACCAGACCGAUUUACGUUGAAGCUGUACUUAACUCGUAAUUAUAAUAAUAAUAUAAUAGAUGAAUAUUUUGAUGAGCAUCCAACACUGAAAGCACGUAUCAAUAGAGGUCGCCCGAAGUGGGAUGAUAUAUUUGCAGAUUUAGCAUCGUUAUAUCCUAGAAAAUCGGUGAAUGUUUUCAGCUGUGGUCCCAAAGGUAUGACCAAAGAGCUUAAAACAGUUUGCAGCAAAUAUCGGAAAAACUCAUGCAAAUUUACCCACAUUAGCGAAGGAUUUGGUUAACACCGGACAUUUAGUUAUCUGUUUUAUUUAAUUAUUGUGUGCAAUAAGAGAACUUUUAUUAGAACAUGAUAUUCAUAUUUAGAUUUUUUGUUAUAUAUACAAUGCCAAUUAAGCGCAUCUUUAGUAAUGUUACAGUUAUAGUUACAUUUAUUUCCCAAGUUUUACAUUUUAUAACUGUCAAAGAUAUAAAACACGAAAUGCAUCUGCAGUAGCAGUUAUAAACUGCACAUGUUUUAUACUGGAAAACGAAAAAAUAAUCUUCCGAGGCCAAUUCAAAUGUCAAAAUGUUAUGAUGUCGAUGAAAUAGUAUUUUUUGUAGCUGAUGACGUCAUCUUGUAUUGUUUUGAAUGAAAUAAAACUCGAGUAAAUUCUGUUGCAAAUUCGUGCAAAAAUACAACUGAGCAGUAUUCCAGUUAUAAAUUUCCCGACGAAACUGUUCGAAUUUUUAAAACUAUAACGUCUGUUGAAGAUGGCAUUUUUACAGUUUCAAUUUCAUUUCCUAACUCCCAUACGAUUUAUAACUCUACUAAAGAUGCCCUAAAUGCAAUUAAAUAAUUCUCUAACGUAUAAUAUAUAUGCAUGUACGCAUAUCUUCUUUUCAACCACACGCUCCAUUUUGCUGAAACUUUGGACAACGUUAUUUAGUGGUGGCUCGCAUUAAAUAAACAAAUAAAA